AUGACGUCACUCGCGCGGCUGGACCGCCGCAGCCGAGCGCUCGGGCCGCCGGUGUCGCCGCGUCUGGGCGCCAGGGGGCGCUGCGGGGCGGCCUGCGCCGGGGCUGCGGGAGGCUGGGGCUGCGGGAGGCCGGGGCUGCGGGGAGGCCGAGCCUCGGGCCUGCGCCCCCGGGGUGGGGAUCGUCUGUGCGCCGCCCCCUGGUUCCCCUUCCGACCCCCGAGCGCCCCGCUGCGGUGCUGUCCCCAGGCCCGGCCUCCCCCCCAGGGCGAUCCCCUCCCGCCGCCCGGGACCCUCGGGCCGUACCCACCCCGCUCUCCGCGACCGCCCCAGGCCACCGAGGGCUGUCCCCGGGGUCCCGCUAAGGCUGGGUCAACCCGCUGCCCGCGGAGGGUCAAGGCCACGUCCACCCCGCCCCCCGCCUACGGGGAGUGCGUGUCCCGCAGCGGCGGGGGGCGUGGUGGCCGGCGACACGGCAGCYGGGCGCGCUGUGCGGCUCGGGCCAGCGGCUUGCGGUCUCUGAGCCGCGUCCUCGGACCCGCGGGCCGGCGGGGCCUYGGCGGCCGGGCAUUGGUGGCCUCGGCGGGGCCAUCCUCGUCCUCGGGAGGGGCCGCGCCUGGCCGGGCSCUCAUUGGCGAUCGCGGGGCGCGGAGGCGAUGCCGGGGGACGCCGCGUCCCGGGCCCCGAGGCCGCUCGGCCCCAGCGACCCGCGCGCCCCCCGCGGUCCCCAACUCGGGUGACGUCGGCGGCGGGGGCGGCCCGUCCCCCACCGCGCGCUCUCCGCAGGGGAAACUGAGGCCAGCGCGGAGGCCCCGCCAAGGUCGGCACCUCGGGGACGGGGACGGGGACGGGGACGGGGACGGGUCGGCUCCGCUCCUCGGUGCGCGCCCCCCCCCCUGCCGGCCGGACGCACAGGAGCCGCGCCCGCCGCGGGGACGGGGACGGGGACGGGACUGCGCGCGCUCGGCGGCUGCAGGCGACCCGGGAGGUAGGCGGCGGCGGGGACGCGGGGACGCGGGGGCCGGGUGGGUGCUGCGGCGCGGGGACCUUCCGAGAGCUCCGGUGGCCGCUGGCCGGGCCGCAGGAAGGAGGCAGGGCGGGGACGCGGGGACCGCGGGGGGCUCCYGAGAAGGCCGCAGUGGGGACACCGCACCGGGGCUGUGGCGACCCCAAGGGCCGCAGGGACACCCGGGCCAGCGUUUGGAGCCCGGGCUCUGCGGGUGUCGCUCCCGGGAGCAGCGCGGCGGGGACGCAGAGGAGCGGCCUCCGCGGCGCUGCGACGCUCUAAGGCGACUGUGGCGGCUGCGGGUGGCAGGUGCGCGGUCGUCGCCUCGGGCCGUUGGCGGCUCCCGCAGCCCAGCCCUGGGGUCGCCACGCACUCCUUCAUCUCCUCCCCUCCCCCAUCCGCUCCUGCCUCCCCACGGUGGCCAGCAGAGCCAGGGUGGCCGGAGGUGGUGGCAUCCGAGGAAUUCGCCCCGAGCCCGGGACGCGCUGCGGGCGGGGGAGCAGCUCCGGGAACCGCAGCCCCAGGCUCCAGAGCCGCCCUGCCCACCUCCCGGGCUUGAAGCCCCUCCUGCCACCACAUGUGACAGCUGCCUGGUCCUCCGGGAGCUGGCCUCGCGCUGGUGUUGCGACCCGGGGCAGCUGGGUCUGGUGGUGUCUGUCCACGCGCUCGCUACCCAGGUUGUCACCGCUGAGCCCGCCUUCGUGGACCCGGGGACGGGAAGUCCUCUCGGCUCCGCCCCUCUAGGCCCCGCCUCCUGGCUUCGCGCCUCUCCCAGCCCCUGGGUCCCGCCCCCUGGCUCCGCGCUCCCCCCUCCCCUCUCGGCCCCGCCCCUCUCGGUCCCGCCCCCUGGCUUCGCGCGUCUCCCGCCCCUCUCGGCUCCGCCCCCGCCGCCCUCGGCCCCGCCCCCUCCGUGGCCCCGCCCCUCCCGGGCCACAUUCCUCCGGCCGGGACUGUCGCUGCGCCAGGCGGGCGGCGGCGGAGGGCCGGCUCGGCUGACCUGGGAUCGACACCGGGCCCGGAGCGGCGGGAGCCGGCAGGCCCUGGGCCCGGGGACGCGGCGUGGUCCYGCGGCAGGAAGCCGGGCCCUCGGGCCGAGGGUGUGA